AUGCUGCAACUUCCCCCCGACAACUGGUGUCAAGGAGAAAAACAUAAAAGCGACACGAGAUUAAACAUUUAUAGGACGGUGCCGGCCCGGGAUAAGGGCAAGGCUACCUGGAAAACGUACGGUGACCAUCACCAACAGCGGCAACGCGGGACGAUCCAAAUUAUUUGGGCACCGGUGCACUCCUUGCUCCCAGGCAAUGAGGCGGCUCACACGGUAGCUCGAGGUCUUACACGCCGAGCCAGUGAGCCUGCCCAACCGGGAACGCGAAGAGACCGCAUGUCCACCUAUCCAGAAAUUACAAAUCACUAUCGACUGGGGCGGGCCCGGUACCCACCAGCUCAACCUGAACUCACUAAGAAGCAGGCGGUGGCCUGGCGCCUCCUCCAAACCAACAUGUACCCGAGCCCAGUGGCCUGUAGCCGGUUCUACCCGGGACAAUUUGAAACUAUGUGUAAAUUCUGUAAGGAGAAGGCGGAUCUGCCACAUAUCUUAUGGGCAUGCUCUCAGACGGCACUGACCAUUUAUGGCCGCAAAAUCCAAGACCGCGAGCACUGGGAGGCCCUACUGCUCACCUCAGACCCACAAGAUCAGGUCUCGGCCACCCGGCUAGCCGAAGAAGCCGCCGAGGUCCAGGGGAUCUCGGCCGUCUUCUAG